GUUUCCAACUAGAGGGGAACUCACAGAUGUAACAGCAACAGCAGACAGAGAUGACACUGAGCAGCAAUGAGAACAGAAACACAGACAGAAGUGGGAUUCACAUGAGAGACUCUAGCAGGGUGCUGUUCUUCGACAAAAAAAUGGGGAAACAUCUCUUUUUCCUGGUUUUGGUUCUCUGUACAAGUGGGACACUUCAACAAGAAGGGCAAAGAACAAGAAGGGUGACAAACAGCCCUCAGAUUGUGCCCAGAAUAUUUAAAGGGGACCCCGUAACUCAAGCUCCCAAUUCAACCCAUUCCCCUGAAGCUCUGCAGUCACUAAGCAACAGUGCACUGGGCUACCUCCGCGGCUCUCUCAGCACCCGGGUCGUCCCCAUUAUUUAUAUGUUGGUGGUAACUGUCGGGAUCCCGGCCAACAUCUCCAUCCUGUGCUUGCUGUCGACUAAAAUCAGAAAGGUGUCCUCUGCCAUCCUCUACAGCAGCCUGGCUGUCUCCGACCUCUUCCUCCUCCUCUCCCUCUUAUUCAAGGCUCACUACCAUCUCCAUGGAAACCACUGGGUUCUCGGGGAAGCAGCCUGUCGAGUGGUCACGGCCUGUUUCUAUGGCAACCUCUACUGCUCGGCCAUGACGCUGACUUGCAUCAGCAUCAAGCGUUACUUGGCUGUAGUGUAUCCGUUCAUGUACAAAAGCAUGCCCAAGAGGACGAGCACUGCCUGCGUGAGCCUGGCCGUAUGGGGGGUGUUUGGCGCCGCCAUCGUCCCCGAGUUCAUCGUCCAGCAGACCUACUGGCUGCCUCAGCUGAACAUCACCACCUGCCACGAUGUGUUGCCUCUAAACCACAGCUCUCACCUGUUCCUGACCUACUACAACCUGACUCUGACCAUCCUCGGUCUCCUGGUGCCGCUGGUGGUCACAGUUGUGUGUUUUGUCCGGAUCAUCCAUGAGCUCAAGCGAUCACUUGGGGACUGGGUGAUGUACAUCAAGGCCAGCUCUCUGGUGUUUGCCAUCUUCCUGGUGUGCUUUGUCCCUGCCGGAGUCCUGCAUUUUCUCCAUUUUGUGCAGCAGUCUGCAAAUGGGACAGAAAGUUUGUAUGAGUACUUCAAUGUGGCGGUGUGUCUGUGCUGCCUCCAUGCCUGCCUGGACCCCUUCCUCUUUCUGCUCAUGUCCAAAUCUGCAGGCUCCAAAUUUCACUUCAUGAAUUUCAAGGGCCACGCCCUCAGCAUAUCUAUCUAAGAGGGUGUCACCAAAAACUCACUCUGAUUCUUAUUUUGUAGAUAAUGACGAGAAAAAUCUUCUCUGUGGCUGGAAUCCAAAGAGAAAAUAGAAGUAACUUUGCUGUAUUAAUUUUAUAAAAGCUAUCUAAAUGACUUUUAUUGUACUAACUUUAUGUAGAAUUAUUGUUUUGAGUGUAUUUUUUUGUAUGUGAGUGUGCUUAUGUGCCUGUAUGUGUGAGUGUAAAAUGGUAGAAACCAAUAUUUCUAUUUCUUUAAAUUUUAUCUAAUUUUUAAAAAUAGAAUUGGAAAUUUCAUCUACUAAACAAGGAAAUAUGUGUGAAAUUAUAAUAAAUUUGCAAAUGUAUUUUAACUUUUUAUGUAAAAAAACAAAGUCUUUUAAUUUUAUGUUUUUUUUUUUUUACAUAUGUAGAUUAAUCUAUUUUCAAAAGUAUAUCUUUGUGUAUGUCACAAAUAUGCAAAAAAAAAUCUGUAGAAAAAGAAAAAUGACACAUAAAAUGAUACAUAUUUUAGAGUAUAUUUGUAUAUACAUAUGGCACACUCAGAUAAACACUUUUUGGUUCAGAUUGCCUCGAUAUGAUUGCUGACGCUGAUGAUUCAUGACAAGUAUUUUGUGAUUUAUGAUACUUAACAUUCUCUUAACUUUCCUAUAAAUCUCAUUUAAACUGUUAUAUUCUGGAAGUCUAUAACCUGCUAAAUUGUGCAGCUGGAUGUUUGUCAAAAACAAUGUUGUAAAGGAGAUUCUGUUAUUGAGAGUUUUUUUAAUUUUUUUUUUUUUAAAUUACAAUAAAAUAAUGUUCAGAAGA